AUGGGUUAUUCUGUUUAUUAUGUUAACGCAAUUAACAAUGAUAUACAUGAACAAUUGAUAUUUAAAACGUUAGCACGUAUAUCGAAUUCAUUAUUCAUUGUAAUCAUUACUUUAUUCAUGAUAAUGUGUAUUAAUAUUGUUCAUGCCGAUUCCUAUAUUGUUACGACAACGGAAAAAUUACCAGUAUCAUCAAUAGUAGCCAAAUUACGAGAUAUAUUUCAUAGUGAAUCAAUGACACAAAAUAAUAAUAUUGAUUUUUCAAUGGCUAAACGAGAUGAAUAUCCUUAUAUGCAUUUUAUUAUAAAUCAUUCUGGACGUGGAAUAUUGACAAUACAAAAACCAAUUGAUAGAGAUGAAUUAUGUCGAAUGAGAAAAUGUCGAUGUGAACAAUGUGAUUUACACCUAGAAAUUAUACUUAAUCCACGUUUCAAUAUUGAAUUACUUACCAUACGUGUAUUAGACUUGAGUAUUGUUGAAAAUGCUAAAAUUGGUUCAAUAUUAAAAUUAGAACCAGCUGUUGAUCGAGAUUAUGGACAAAAUUCAAUUAUAGCGUAUCACUUAUUACCAUCGUCGGGUUUACCGUUUAUUGUUCAAUAUGAUAUUAAUCGUGGAGAUUUGUCAUUAAUUGUUCAUGAACAAUUAGAUCGUGAAAAAAACGCAUCCUAUUCGUUUUUACUUGUAGCUUCUGAUGGUAGUAAUCGGACAGGAUUCGUUCGUGUAUUUGUAGCAAUUCAAGACGUUAAUGAUCAUUCACCAAUAUUUGAUAAAACUCAUUAUUCUGUUAAUAUUACUGAAAAUUCGCAUAUUGGUACUACUCUCAUUCAAGUUCAUGCUACCGAUCUUGAUGAAGGACGCAAUGCUCAGAUAACAUAUCAAUUAUUAUCAUCGAAUCAUGAUGAAACAUCAGCUUGUUUUGAUUUAGAUGAAAAUACUGGACAUAUUCGAUUAACUUGUCAACUUGAUUAUGAAUAUCGUCAACGAUAUAAUUUAGAAAUUGAAGCAAAAGAUGAUGGAGAAGGAUCAAAGACCGGUUAUUGUACAUUGCAAGUAAAUGUUGUCAAUGUUAACGAUAAUCAACCUCAAUUUCAGUUGUAUCCUAGUCAAUUAGAAUUCAUACCAUAUUCAUCUAGUCAUAACAGAACAAAUAUUUAUACAUUAAUUGAUCAAGAACAUGUUAUUUUGUAUUUAAGUGAAACAUUUGAACCGAACACUGUUUUAUUUUCAUUUUUAAUCACCGAUAGUGAUUUGGGUGAUAAUGGACAAAUAAUAAUAUGGACAUUGAUGAAUAAUAACAGUAAUCAACAAUUACCAUUCGAUAUUUUUCGUGUAACAGACAAUGCUGGUGAUCUACGUUUAAUCAAUUCACUUGAUCGUGAAUUAACUGAACAGUAUAAAUUUGGUAUUAUGGCAUCAGACAAUGGAAAUUCUCGUCUUACAACAGUACUAGAUAUCCACGUUCUUGUUACAGAUGUUAACGAUGAAACGCCACAAUUUCGUCAACAAAAUAUGACAGCAACAAUAAAUGAACAUGUAAGUAUGAGUGAUAAGAAUGGUUACGAGGUUUAUCAUGUUCAAGCGUAUGAUCUGGAUAAAGGAUUAAAUGGACAAAUUGAAUAUCGAAUUAUUAGUACCGAUGAUGAUAUCAAACGUUCAUUUACAAUCGAUCGACAAACAGGAAUUAUUCGAGCAUUAACGUUGUUUGACAGAGAAAAAAGAGAUAAAUAUGUGGUAGAAGUGGAAGCGAGAGAUAAAGGAAAUUUAUCAUUGGCAUCGCGUGCGAACAUUCUCUUUCUUAUUACAGAUCAAAACGAUCAUGCACCAGUGUGUUAUGAUCUUUCUAAUAAUCAUAUCAUCGGUCAAUCAAAAAUUGAAUGGUCAGUUAAAGAGAAUAGCGCUUAUGGAACGAUUGUCGGACGUAUGCAAUGUCAUGAUAUUGAUAUGAGUCAAAAUGGUUUACUUGGCUAUAACAUUCAUUUUAAUGAUAGUGAUACAAUGACAAUUCCAUUUAAGAUUAAAGCUCAGAAUAUCACAAGAACAUCAUUCGAAUCGAACGAGGUGUUACUAGUAAGCAUUACCGUUAAUGGUAUUGUCGAUCGAGAAUUAAAAUCGACAUAUAACAUUUUCGUUCAAAUAUUUGAUAAUGGAAAUCCGAGACAUUUCUCAUUUGUUCAAAUAGUAGUGACGAUUAUUGACGUCAACGAUAAUUGUGCUGAACUUGAUUCAUCAUCAAAAUCUUUAAUAAUGAUCAAUCGAGAUCUAACGCCAAUAUUUAUUCGUCAAUUACAUGCAACAGAUAAUGAUAUUCAAGCAAAUGGAAAUAUAACAUUUGAUUUAAUAAAUACAAAUCCAAAUAACAAUUCGUAUUAUGUUAAAUUAUAUUCAAACGGUUCACUUGUUAUUCAAUCAUUAUCAAUGGAUGAUGGUUAUAUAACUGUAAAUAUUCAAAUACGGGACUAUGGCGAACCAAUACCGUGUAUCGUUUCAGAAACUAUCAUGUUGUAUAUUGGUUCAAAUCGUACUGAUUGGACAUCAUCUAAACUGACACAACAUAUUCUAUUACGAACAAAUGAAACAUACGGAAAACGAAACAGUAAUUCACGUUCAGCUAAUUACAAUUCAUUACUAACUACUGAAGAAACAUUUUUUAGAUCAAUUAAAUAUUCUACAUCAACAAAAAAUCGAUACAUAAUUAUACUGAGUCUCUCCAUAUUCAUAUUUGUCCUUGUGUUUGCCACGUUAUUUUGUAUGAUUGAUCGAAUUUGUAAGAAUAAGACGCGAAAAUUGAAAUCCUCACAAAAUGGUCAUUUACUAUCAACACAUAAGCCCAUUAAUGGAAUAAUCAAAAAACAAGAAGAAAAAAAUGAUAAACAAAUUCAUAGUCCAACAAUCAAUUAUAAUUUAAGCAUGACCAAAUCCCCAUCUAGAAAACGUCUAGCAAACGGUAUUGGUUAUAAUAGUUUUCCACCAUCUCCAGCUAAUUACAUUCGUUUAAAUACAAAUCGUACUACAUCUCGAUUAACUCAUUCAUCUCGUUCAAAUUCAAUAAUGUCGGGUAUUGAUUCAACAAUAGUCUACACACGUGGAUAUUCUUAUACACCAAUUGAAACAGACGAUUUUUAUCCACAGAAUUUUAACGACAGUGAGGGAAUUGAAUUAAGAAUGACAACUGUUUAA